GGUGGACGAGGCAUGCAUGCAGUGCAAUGCGAGGUCGUAGUGAUUGUGAUGGUGGGCGUGGUGGAGGAGAAGGAGGAGGAAGUCGACGGAGGUCCUUGUGGUUGGGGGCGUGCUUUCAUUCGGUUGCGGCUGUCGUUCUGGGUCGGACCUCUUGCUGGUGGUGCCCGCUGCUGGUGCGCCUUCCUCACAGCAGCUCAGUUUGUGGGGAAGAUGAAGAAUGAAGCCAUGACCCGUGGGUCAGGGUCUUUGAGAAGCAGUUAUCCCUCUAUGCUGGAAGAACCUUUCGACUUCCGAGCCACUAUUGGGGGCAGGGCGUGCAUGUUAAUGAAGAUUGAGUGAAUGCACUUAUGAGGAUGUUACGCCCAAGUUUGGGCGCUAGGACGGUGCUAGGACAAGGAGGUAAAGCACUCAGUUCCCUGGUGGCUCCUUGGUGGCGGAUGUUGGCAGUGCUGCUGUUGGUGCGUGGUGAUGGGGCAGGUGGUGGUGAUUCCGCCCAGGGAACACUGCUGCAUCCUGCGUGCCGUGCCGUACUCCCCUGGGACUGCCCCCCCCGCUAGGUGGCCCAUGGGUCGGUUUGGUCACCUUCCGCAGCAGUGCAGAAGAAGUAAGCAGAAGAAGUACCGUAAGCAGGCGUUGCUGAAGAGGCAUGUAGGUCACACGCCGCGUAUGAGUGGCGUGCGAUGCGGACCAUGACCCUUUGUGAAGCGUGUGUGCGUGUUCUGUACCGUUGGAAAGGAGGCUAAUGCGUGGACCGUAGAGCAAAGCCCCGGUUUCCAAGUUUUGGAAGCACGGGAUACGACUCUCGACGAGCCAUGUAUACCGCACUGCACGCUUUGCUUUUCUGGCAAUAGGAGCAGGCCAGGCCACCGACAUUACACCGGCAAUACCGCAC